AUGAACACUGAGAAAUCAGUUGAAGAUUUCAAAAAAGCUGUGGAAUUAAAUCCUGAAUUUGUUUUGUCUAUUGUUCAGUGUUAUUUUGCUCAGUACCAUCAUGCCAGAAGAGUAUCAAAUGAAUUGGAUGUUGCAAAAUUCUUGGGAAAAUUGAAUGGAUUUGUGAAUAAAUACCCAGAUAUUGCUGAUGGUUUUAGACUAUACGCCUUGGUAAAAUAAUAUAUUAUGAAAUAGUGUAGUUUUUACAACUAAAAUGUAUGCAUUUUUGUAUAUAUAGGCUCUGUCAGAAAAAGGAUCUUUUGUAGAAGCAGAUUUAUUGUUAAAAAAAGCGCAUGAAAUUCAUCCAGACAACGUCACUUUUCUAGUACUUAGAG